GCUUCUUUCUUCAUCUUUGUCUCUUUCCUUCUUCCUGCAUUAGUUCUUACAUCAUCUCUCUCUUUCUUAUUCCCUUUCUCCAGAAUCUAAAUUGCUCAACCGAUUUUUCUUACGUUUUUGGAUUUCAAUCCGCAAAUUUACUCUCCGACGCCAUGGAUCUAGCGCAAGAAGAGCUCCAAUUCUUAACCCUGCCUGAUAUUUUGAGGGAAUCAAUCUCAAUCCCUAAACGCUCUCCAAAAACCUUCUAUCUCAUAACCCUAACCCUAAUCUUUCCUCUAUCUUUUGCUAUUUUAGCCCAUUCUCUCUUUACUCAUCCUCUGUUGGCUCAUCUUGAGGACCACCCAUCAGCUGACGAGAACCAAACCCGCCAUGAAUGGACUCUUCUCUUGAUUAUUCAGUUCUGUUAUGUAAUCUUUCUUUUUGCCUUCUCCCUUCUUUCAACAGCUGCUGUCGUUUUCACGGUUGCCUCUCUUUACACGUCCAAGCCUGUGUCUUUUUCUUCUACCAUUGCUGCUAUACCCAAGGUUUUUAAGCGAUUGUUUAUCACUUUUUUUUGGGUAUCUUUGUUGAUGUUGCUUUAUAACUCUAUAUUUCUUAUUUUCUUGGUCAUUUUGAUUAUUGCCAUUGAUACCCAGAAUCCUAUUUUAGUGGUUUUCUCUUUGAUAGUGAUUUUUGUUCUCUUCUUGGUGGUCCAUGUGUUUAUAACUGCUUUAUGGCACUUGGCUAGUGUGGUUUCUGUGCUUGAGCCUGUUUAUGGGUUUGCAGCGAUGAAAAAGAGCUAUGAGUUGCUCAAGGGAAAAACUCGUGUGGCUGCAGUUCUUGUUUUUGGGUAUUUAGCAAUUUGUGGAGUUAUUGGAGGGAUUUUUGGGUCUGUAGUUGUGCAUGGAGGAGAAAGCUAUGGGGUUUUUACUAGAAUUGUUGUUGGUGGGUUUUUGGUGGGGGUUUUAGUGAUUGUAAAUCUAGUGGGAUUGUUGGUUCAGAGUGUAUUUUACUAUGUUUGCAAGAGCUAUCACCACCAGGGAAUUGAUAAGAGUGCUUUACAUGAACAUCUUGGUGGCUAUCUUGGAGAAUAUGUGCCUUUGAAAAGCAGCGUUCAAAUGGAGAACUUGGAUAUCUAACAGUGAGCUAACAGAUAAAGAAAUGGCAUCAUUUACUCAUGUUGGUUCCCCGAUCUUCUUCUUUCUCUAUCUCUGAACAUGUUUUUCUUCAGAUGAAAGACACAAACGUUCAAGUUGACUAGAAUAGGUUAUACAAGUCUUGAUCUUCAGUCAUUCAUUGACUAAUCUUACGAGAAGGAAAACUAAUCUUGAUUCUCGAGCCAUUAAUUCAAGGCUAGAAUAUGUUAAGGUUGAUCCUUUCGUUACCUAAUCUUACUAGAAGUAAAAAUUUGGUCUUUUGGGAUUCCCUUUUUAUCUGUCCUUUAGCUUUAAGCACAAUUGGCUUGGCUUCUUUCUUUCUUGCUUAUAUUUCCUAUAACAAUAUCUGUUAUUUAAUGUGAAUGUAUUGAUUUAGUUGACAACUCCUUUUGCUCCUCAAGAGAUAUGGUCAUGUAAAAAAUAUGGAUUUAUUCGUAA